CAGGAAUCUAUCUGAAUGCAGGAAUACAGGAGAUAAUAGAAAUAUUGAAACUAAUGUUAUUUUACAGUCAUGACCUUCAACAAAGAUUAUCCAGAGAUAAGCUUUUGCUACUACUCAUAUCUUUGAGUAUGCUAUUAUCACAAUCCUCACAGCAUGAUAAAAGCAAGAAAACACAAAUGUCAUCUGUCAUCUGAUGUCAUCUAUGACAGAGAUAUCAGAUUUUGUUUCCCACAGAAGAGCUGCUGUAAAUAAAUUCAGACAGCAUGAAACUAUGAGAAUGAAUAAGAACUAAAAUAUUUCUGUUAAAAUUCACAGGUAUGUUCCUCUCCAUUCCUCCGGCUUUCCUUAGCCUAUUUGAAAGUGGUCUCGGAGCCAAAAUCAGCGCUGAUCGUUUGAAGAGGAGGGGGAGGAGAAUUUUGGCAUCAGCAAGGGCGUGGAGAUUGCCUUACAUUUCGUUCCUACUACACGGAGCAGGUCUUGAUGCAAAGCUGACCUGACAACGCGCAUAUGUCCAGUAGGGAUUGCCCAGUGGCAGCCGUUGAGGUUGCGAAUAUGGGAUCCGAAAUGCUUAGUCUUCCAAAGCAAUGAUAAGUUGGCUAUUCACGGCUAUCAUCAACAGCUUUGCUGAACGACUUUAACGCCGAUAGACAGCAUUGCAUCUUGCCAGAGGAAUGGAAGGUCAGCAUCUUGCUCUCAGAAUUGGCCCAGUAACACUUUUGGCCACUUCUAACAAGUAAUUGGGUAGGGGUUGAUGUGAAAAUAACUAUGGACUAACAUCCAAUGUAUUAAUAUAGAGAAGAAAGACUAGAUCUAUUCAUAAAUAGAAUUUGCUUUUGUUCUUUCCCUAAUCAGCAGCCUUGCCUUUAUUUACACUGUAUACAUAUAUACAUACAAUACAAUCAAUGAGAUAUUAUUAGCUGGAGGGGGUCAGAUAGUUGCUUUGUGCUUAUGAUCUGGGUACAAAACUUGGUGUUGAGCUUGCAGCUUGCAGGUUGAGGCGAGCGGUAAAUAAAUAGCUUACAAAUCAUCCAACUUGUUAAUACCAACUAGGGCUCAGUUAUUUACUAAAUAACACUCACUCACAGUUCUUCUUCCAUGCUGCACCGGCUGCAACAACUAGUUUUUGUGGAGGACAGAACUUUAUUAUGUCGUAUGUACGUACAGUACAUUGGGACACCAUGCUCAACCUUAACUACCUGAAACCUAGGGCUCGCUCGCUCCCCUUGGAAUUUUCGACAGUCCGUCAUGGACACCUCUGUCACAUAUUCGACACACAGAGAAAAUGUAUGGAUAGCAUGAACGGAUCACCCAGUCCUAUCAAAGGUUGUGUUGUGCGGCAGGAUUUGGCCUGCAGCAGCUCGGACACUUGGUGAGAACUAAGUAACUCAUAUCUGGGGCAUGGUCAAGCAUGGUCCAGUCCUUAAUCCUGGCCUAGUCCCCCAGCGGUGAGAAGAGAGAGCAACCACGCGCAUCAAAUAUCCAAUUCCCGUCUGGGACGGGGGCGGUGAUUGUGGACGCUGCGGAAUAUCCAAUUCCCGUCUGGGACGGGGGCGGUGAUUGUGGACGCUGCGGGGUGGGGAUGGAAACAACCCAAUCACGGCCCCAAUGUUGCACACAUCUCAGAGUAUCUCCGUCAGCUUCGGUCCCCUUGAUUGUCGACAAAUGGACCGGCGUCACCUUGCACGGCAUAUCUAGGCCUGCUCGGUAUAAGUUCAUGAAGUUGCGCUUUCGUGCAACUUCCAAUAUGUCGGCCCUAUGGGGCUGAUUAAUUUCACCUGCAAUUGACUAGUUUACUAUUAUUUAUAUAAUCUCGUGUAUUAUCUUUCCAGCUAGCUGCCGAUCUGGAAACAACUAUCUUAUUUUCUCUUCUGCUGGGAAGAGACUUGUUGUUCUGAGUGUGCAUUGUCUGUCUCCCACUUUCAUCAACAAGGAGACACGCUGAGAAGAAGGAAACGAAUUGGGCACAAUGUUGCAACUCGCUUGCACCGCAGGCAUCGCACUGGGGAUCCUCUCCCACCUUCUACUCUUUAAGCAUGGCGAAUGGGACCGAUAUGCUCCCACUUUGGUGUUGUUCUACGCGUUUGCUAUGAGUGUACUGAGCCCAGUAGUGGUCUUCAUACUGAUGGAGCUCUCCAUGCUUAGCACAUUGUUGCUGGUGUCCACAUUCUGGAUAAGUUAUAUGACUGGGCUUUUCGGGAGCAUCGGUCUCUACCGCGGCUGGCUCCAUCGUCUCACCCAGUUCCCAGGUCCGGUGGCUUGGAAAUUAUCCUCUUUCGGGUCAAUCAAGGCCUCUGUGGGAGAAUUCAAGUUUCCCGUAAAGGUACAACAACUUCACGAGACGUAUGGAGAUUUUGUUCGCAUUCGGCCCCGAGAAAUCUCAAUCAACCAUGUAGAUGCUGUUCGCGAUAUUCAUGGACCAGGGACUACCUGUGUCAAAGGCCCAUUCUACGACAUCACUUACCCAUUCAGAUCUCUCCAGAUGCUCCGUGACAAGGGCGCCCAUUCCAGAAGGCGGAGAAUCUGGGAUCGCGGACUUGGUAUAAAAGCCCUGACCACAUACGAGCCUAAAAUACUCGGCCACUGCGCAGAUCUCAUAAGCCAACUGAGCGCGAAAUCAAAGGGAGGCAAGCCUAUCCAUAUCGGCCCGUGGAUGAACUAUUUCGGCUUCGACGUCAUCGGCGAUGUUGCGUUUAGUAAACCAUUCAACAUGGUAAAAGAUGGGAAGGCGGCAGAAAUCCUUGAAGAUUUCCUGACGUCAAAGCCGGCAUUGGGAACGCUUAUCUGUGCCCCGUGGACAUUCAAUCUUGUGCAAAAUCUCCCUGGAUUGCGCAGGUUAUGGGAAGCACGGACAAAAAACCAUGCGCGCAAGAUUGCGGAAAGAAUGAAGCUAGGAACAACCUGCAAAGAUCUCUUCUCCUAUCUCCUCGAAGACGGCCCAGCCUCGCCCGCCGCUUCCGCCCCAUUAGUUUUCUCCGAAUUCUCCGUCCCCGGCGACCUCGCCUGCGACUCUGAACUAGCCAUCACCGCAGGCAGCGACACAGUCGCUGCAACUCUCACCUCCCUCAUCUACAUCCUCGCCACGCACCCAGAUAAGCAAACCCUCCUGCAGCAAGAGCUCGACACGCUCCUCACAGGCAUUGCCGACAUCUCGUAUCAAAAGCUGUCUGUUCCCAAUAACGCCCCGAUGCUCGAAGGGGUCAUUCUUGAAACCCUGCGUUUAUAUCCAGGGACUCCGGGGGGGAUGCAACGCAUGACGCCGCCGGAGGGUGCACGGAUUGCUGGCAGAUGGAUUCCCGGCAACACGCUCGUGUCUACGCCUACUUAUACCUUGCAUCGUGGUAAGUUACUUGACUCUCCCCCACACACCCUUUUAAACAACCCCCACCACCAUUUUGCCACACACGUACUCUCACGCACACACACACACACACACACACACUCACUCACUCACACCCCAGACCCGCGCAACUUCGAUCAACCAACCACCUUCAUCCCCGAGCGCUGGUCCUCGACACCAAACCUAAUAAAACACAAAGAAGCCUUCAACCCCUUCCUCAUAGGCGCCAACUCCUGCGCCGGCAAGGCCAUUGCGCUCAUGGAACUACGCUUCGUGACCGCGCUGAUCUUUCGCAAGUUCACAGUACGCUUGCACACGGCUAAUGCUGCAAAGUCAUCGCCACUCUCGUUCUUCGAUGAGCAGAAACCGGGCUGGAGGGAUUAUUUCACGGCGAGCCCGCCGCCUUUUGAGGUUGUUUUGGAGAGGAGGGGGUAGAGACGUAGUUUGGAUGAUCGGCUAACUAUGUGAUGGGAGAUGGGGGGGUAUAUUUCGUCUGUUGGUUGGAAAAUGGAGGGAGCGGGGGGGAGAGGGGGAGAAUCGCAUGUUGCGGCGAUGGAUAUCACUUGUUUUCUUGAUUUUUAUUAUUAUUUUUUUUUUACGACGAUUGAUGAUUUUUGACUUUGAUGGUAGGUAAACUGGUCGAAUAGCGUUCAUUAUUUGUUUGCUUUCUGUUGUUGAAAGCGGGUAAGGGAGGGCAGUCAUGUUUUCUUUUUCUUUUUUCUUUCUUUUCUUUAUUUCCACAUGUUGCUACUCUAUCAAAUGAUUAGGGGAGUAUAGUUGAGUGUCAGGUGUCAGAUUGAAUAUGGUCUCAGCAUUUUUUUUUCUUUUCUUUUUUAUGAAUAUUAAUAAUACUUAUCUUUU